AGAAGCAGAGAAACAGAUAUAGUGGCUGCAGGAAAGGAUAACCAGCAUGGAGAUCCUAGGAGCAACAGCAGUGCUGCUGGUAAUCUGUGCAUUUUUCCUGCUCCUAAAUACAAUACAAGUUAUACGGCGCCAGGGCAAGGGCAAGCUGCCCCCAGGACCCACACCGCUGCCAUUCCUGGGCAACUUUCUGCAGCUGAGAGGCGAAGAGGUCUUCAAAUCCCUUCUUGAGUUUGGUAAGAAAUAUGGCCCAGUGUACACCAUUCAUUUGGGCAUGGAGCCAGUUGUGGUUUUGUGCAGCUUUGACAUUGUAAAAGAGGCUCUCAAUGACAAUGGAGAUGAAUUUGGUGCGCGGGGGCAUAUGCCUUUGCUGGAAAAGAUAUCCCAUGGAGGUCAUGGAGUUGUUGCUAGUAAUGGAGAACGCUGGAAACAGCUAAGACGAUUUUCCCUGAUGACUCUGAGGAAUUUUGGAAUGGGAAAGAGAAGCAUAGAGGAAAGAAUCCAAGAAGAGGCUCAUUUCCUAACAAAUGAAUUUAAAUAUACCAAAGGUCAGCCUGUGGAUCCAACAUUUUAUUUUAGCAAAGCUGUUUCCAAUGUAAUCUGCUCUGUUGUAUUUGGAGACCGUUUUGAAUAUGAAGAUACAGAAUUCCUUAGGCUUCUAGGACUCUUAAACCAAGUGUUCAGAGGCUUCAGUUCUGUUUGGGGACAGUUGUACAAUAUAUUUCCAAAAGUCAUGGGUAAGCUACCGGGGCCCCACAAUAUGAUUUUCAAAUCUGUUAAUAGCCUUCAGGAGUUUAUUAUGCAGAGGAUCAACAUGCACCAAGAGACUCUUGAUCCUAGUUCUCCUAGAGAUUUUAUUGACUGCUUCCUCAUAAAAAUGCAACAGGAGAAGGAUGUGCCCCAGACUGAGUUUCACAUGCAGGGUGCUCUUAACACCACUUUUGAUAUGUUUGGUGCUGGAACAGAAACUGUCAGCACAACACUGCGAUAUGGCCUGUUGAUUCUCCUCAAGCACCCAGAUAUUGAAGAACGAAUCCAGAAAGAGAUUGAUAGCGUCAUUGGCAGGAAUCGCGCUCCAUGUAUUGAGGACCGUUCCCGCAUGCCGUACACAGAUGCCGUUAUCCAUGAGAUUCAGAGAUUUGUUGACAUUAUACCCAUGGGAAUCCCCCACAAAGUGACACGUGACAUUCAGUUUCAGGGUUAUUUCAUUCCAAAGGGUACCACAGUAUACCCAAUGCUAAGCUCCGUUCUGCAUGACCCAAAGCAGUUUAAAUAUCCUGAUAUAUUCAAUCCUGGACAUUUCAUAGAUGAAAAUGGAAAGUUUUGUAAGAAUGAUGGGUUCAUGCCUUUUUCCUCAGGGAAGAGAAUAUGCGUUGGGGAGGGUCUGGCUCGGAUGGAACUCUUUCUGUUUAUUACAACAAUUCUACAGAAUUAUACACUAAGGUCUCCAGUGGACACAGAAGACUUGGACCUUACACCAGAGCUGAGUGGCUUUGGGAACAUUCCUCGUCCCUACAAGCUUUGCUUCAUUCCUCGUUAAUGUAUUGGAUUCACUUUUUUUGUGUAUUUAAGGCUGAACCAAGAAAAUGGGCUAUCACACUAGUAUACCUUCUGUCUACCAAAACUAGUACUAUUACUUUUACAUGAACUGACAUCAUUGUAUCGGGAAAAAACAGAAAUGUUAAUUUCAAUUGUUUGAGAAUUGGGGGGCACUUGCUUUACAAUUCUUUUGUCUCCCAAGCAUACAAAUAGCAAGUCAUGCGUAGAUAUAACAGUUCUACAAAUAUAUCAUCAUUCUGAUCUAAUUAAAAUAUGUGGGUUCUACUACAAGGUGGUUUUAUACUACAGUGUGACAUCACCAAAUUAGCACCAAUAAAGUGAGCCAGAUUGGGAUGAACUGGUAUUUUGCCCCUCAAGGUCAAUGAACAGAUCAUAAUGAGAAGAAGGGGAGUACCUUCAGAUGGGAAGUAUAUCUUUGCUCCAAUGUGGUCCUUGCCCAAUUUUUGUACAGGUGUUGAUCAGGCUGACCAUCAGAAGGCCUUAGUAUAUGGCCCAAUAGCUGCAGACUCAGUCUAUAGGUAUCAAGCUUACAGCCUAUAUCGGCCUGUGUAUGCCCCCCUUUACAGUUUACCAGAUUUUGUCCAAUUUUCCAUUCUGCUUGCGUACAGAAUUGUAAUGGUGACAUGCAACUAUCCUCUGAAAUAAGGAGGUGAAAUUACUACCAAUGUAAAAUAGUGUACAAAUUGCUUCAUUCUGAAAUCAGAACACUUGUAACUCAUGAGAUUUUCAUUGUGAAUAUUUUAUAUUUUAUAAAGAUUUCAGGACGUUUUCACUGAAUUCUUUGUUAUUCUUUUUAGCCUAAAUUCAGUGUGUACAGCAUACAAAAUAUACAACAACUCAUCAUGCACUCUGGUAUUGUAUUUAUUUUGAGUUCUAUAACACAAAUCAUAUUCAAUAAAUAAUACAACAUA